AUGGGAGGAGAGCCUGAGAAAGCAGAGGCGGCGCCGCCAGAGGAUGCCGCCGUGGUGAAGGCGGUGGACCCGCCGGCCCCCGAGGAGAAGACUGACGACUCCAAGGCCCUCGUCCUCGUCGAGAGUAGGGUCCUUUCUCUCUCUAAAAAGAUAUAAUUGUGGUCGUAGAUUGGCAGGAGCUUUAAUCGGCGAUCCUGCGUGAAUAUAUUUCAUGAAAUGAGAUCGAAUAACGUUCAUCUCGUCUCAGAGGUUGCGGAUUCCCCGGUGGAGAAGGGCUCGGGAUCCAUCAACAGAGGUGAGAGCAGAAAAUUUUCACCUGCGGCCGCAUUUUUCGUGUUCGAUUUCGAGUACAUAAACGGUCCUCGAUUUUCGGGUCUCCAGAUGCCGUUCUUGCUCGUGUUGAAACCGAGAAGAAGGAGUCCCUCCUCAAGGCCUGGGAGGAGAAUGAGAAGGCCAAGGUCGAGAAUUGGUCAGUCUCUCUCUCUCUCUCUCUCUCUCUCUCUACCUCUCUCUACCUCUCUCUAUCUCUAUCUAUCUAUCUAUAUCUCUCUCUCUACCGCUCUCUAUCUCUAUCUAUUUAUCUAUCUCUCCCUACCUCUCUCUAUCUCUAUCUGUCUAUCUAUUUAUCUCUAUCUCUAUCUGAGGAAUUUUUGAGGGAUGCGACAGGGCACAGAAGAAGCUAUCAGCUGUGAGCUCCUGGGAGAAGACGAAGAAGGCGAGCGUAGAGGCUGAGUUGACGAAGGUGGAGGUGAGGAACCUUGAGAAAUAUACCUAAAUUAGAAAGUAUCUUAUUUUCAUACAAUUACGAGGAAGACAGACUGGACUUGCUUCAUCUAGAAAUCCCUUCAUGCCCCCCAUGAUCAGCUCCUCUCUCUCUCGUUCUCUCUGCGUGAAAGGAAGGCUUCAUAUGCGUUUGACCCAGAGACGUCCCGAUAGGCCUGGGGCGUUGACAUUCCUCCUCCAAUAAUACCCUUGUAAGCAUAGAUUGUGGAGAAUUGUCUGGUAAAAUCGGAUUCCAUGAUGCUUGGAAAGGAAUCGCUGGAGAAGAAGAAAGCGGAGUACGCGGAGAAGAAGAAGAACAAGGUGGCCGCCAUCCACAAGACUGCGGAGGAGAAGAGGGCGAUGUUGGAGGCCAAGAAGGGGGAGGACCUGCUCAAGGUGGAAGAGUUGGCCGCCAAGCACCGUAUCAAGGGCUUCAUCCCCAAGAAAACCCUUGGCUGCUUCGGGGGCUGA